AUCCUAAAGUUAGAAGUAUACUCGUGCGGAUCCUGCGUUAAAUAAAUUGCGAUCCAGAUCUGCUGGAAUGAUUAAAGCGGAGCCCGCCCGCACUCAUGCCAAUCGAUUCUGUCCCCACGACCGCAUGAGAAAGAUGAUGGAGGUUGGUGAUUGGAUCUGACUCAGUUGCUGCACUAAAUCGGCUCCCAUUGGUUAAUCGCUGGGUCUAUCUUCACAACCACCGUGUGUAAUUGGAUCGAACUGAUGUGGUGCAUCAUCCGUACAUGCCAUAUUUACAUACCAAAAUCUUCUUGAAGGACGGCCAGAUAUCGGUAGCGUACUAGUCUCAACGCAGCCCAAGAUCUGGAAUCUUUGAGACGUAUGUCAGCAUAGAGUAGCAAGCCAGCAAACAAGUUUCCAUAGUCACGGACACACGGCCAACUUACCUACGGUCCGAAGUCACGGCGAAUCAACACAGCGAAACCAUGGUGCGGCCAUCUCAGUGGUUCAGACUGGCGACCUUUUUGACCCCACAUACCGACUCGGACGAAUCCCAAAUCCCAAAUAUCUCUCUCUUACCCCGCCUCCCUCCUGCGAUGGCACUCCACCACGUAUAUAUGGAGCAGGUGCGCGUACCCACUUCAGGCCUGAGGUCCGACAACCUCGCGCGUUAUGGCCGAAUAUUCCUGACAUGCGAAUCUCGAUAUGUUGCCGAUGAACUCUUCCGAGCACUGCAUGACGUGGCGCAGAGUGCACCGCACUCUACGGCUGGGCCUAUACGACCAAUGUUUGUGCUUUUGGACCGCCGCACGCCACAGUUUUGGAUCUACGACACGGAAGAACCUACAACUCUAACUCUGCUUGACAACGUUCUGCGUCGCCCGACCGACCUCUGGCGGAACUUUCGUCGUUCGGUCAUCGUGCAGUCCUGCUUCCAAGGCUGCUUUGACAGUUUCCCCCUAUUCCCCAUCAUUCCGGCCGUCGAGGACCCCGAUUGGGUGCACGGUCGUAUGUACUGCAUCCGUAACAGACGCCAACGACACCAGUAUUGGUUCUUCGAUGGCGAUGGCGAUUACGAUGAUGGCACCAUCUACGUCUCCAACACGCACCGGUCACGGUUCCGGAUAGAACGUGUUGAUCUUCAGCCGGGAAAUGCAAACAUAGUCUAUCGUUCGACACCGGUGAUCAUUCGAUCAGACCACAUCCAGCUCUUCGCCCCGCAGAACGGUGAAGUCGUAAACAUGCGGUACGAUUCUUUGGGCGAGCUGACCACCGCCCGUGCGGAAGAGGACGUCGUCGUCGCGAUGAAUCUCACGUUCCGGGAGUUACUCGGUGGCUUCGGCGUGUGCGCCGAAACUUCCACCGACCUUGGAAAAGUAGCAGUGUUGGGCACCGUGAACAAGACGAGGCCUGGGGAAGGGGAAGAUUGGGAACUGUGUUGAGUCUUGAAUCUUGAUUGUUUCAUUAUCCGUGUAUCGCCGCAGUCGUUUCUACUAGAGUCGUGCUGGAAUGUGUUGUCUCGGUGAUAGGGUCGGACUCAAGAGUCAAGUGUUGAAAUCCGAGCUGUUAUGGGCGGAUUAUCCGAGUAGACUUUGAAGGGGGGAUGGUGGAGCAGACCCUCCAAUUGUUGGCCGGUUCAAGUGGGGG